ACCGAGGACGAUGGAUGAGCAUGUCCAAAGAAGCAAGUUUCUUUUGCCCGGCUGGCCAUCUGCCUCUCGGAGUCUCCGGACGGGAAGCCCCCGCCCAGCUUCCAGGAAACGAAUUCUUCCAUUGGAUGGAGGCGAUCGAGCUCUCCAGGGCCAGCGUCUUCGGUUUCGAUUCCACUGGAAUUGGGCCGGCUACGAUUCGAUUUGAUUCGGUUCGAUCCAUCGAAUCCCCAUCCAUCAGAUCGAGGCUCACUGUGAGCAGCUGCGUCUGCCCUUAACUAGAGGCAGAAGCAGAGGCAGAGGCAGAGGCCCUCACCAGACACCAGCUAGCUAGUUCCUAGUACAAGAUAAGAUGGCCAAUUCAUCAGGUGGUGAUGCUGGUGAUCCCAAUCAGAAGCAUGUUAAUGGUGUUGAUCGCUCAGGCCAACAGCAUGCAGCAGGAAUAAUGAAGUUCAGUUAUUACGACAACAGAAACGAACCUCCUCGUUCUGUUGAGCUUGAUGAGCACAUGAUGGAAAAUGGUUCAAUCUCUGCGGCGGCGGGUUCGUACAAGCAGUACUACGAUGAUGCGGCAUCCGAUGACUGGCAGUCGAGCUCACCUUCCUCCACCCGCCAAAUGCUCGGUGGUGGCUUUGCAGAUGACCACCAAGGAAACAAUGGCUCCUCGCGCUCGGCAGCAGGACGUCGACGACGUCUCGCUCCGGUGGCCAUCGUGAAGAAGAUCGACUGGGCCUCGCUGUGGGACCAGGCCAAGGAGUGGAUCAAGAACCCCAUGAACAUGGCCCUGUCGGUAUGGGUCGUCGCCGUCGCGGUCUCGGGGGCCAUCCUCUUCAUGGUGAUGACCGGGAUGCUCAACCGCGCGCUGUCGACGAAGCCGCAGCGGGACACGUGGUUCGAGGUGAACAACCAGAUCCUCAACGCCCUCUUCACCCUCAUGUGCCUGUACCAGCACCCGAGGAGGUUCUACCACCUGGCGCUGCUGUGCCGGUGGCGGGCCGGCGACAUGCUCCAGCUCCGGCAGGCGUACUGCAAGGACGGCACCUGCAAGCCCGGCGAGCGGAGGCACAUGGUGGUGGUGGUCAUGCUGCUGCACCUCAACUGCUUCGCGCAGUACGCGCUUUGCGGCCUCAACCUCGGGUACCGGAGGCCCCAGCGCCCCGUCGUCGGAGUCGCCAUCACCGUCUCGGUCGCCAUCUGCGCGCCGGCCGUGGCCGGGCUGUACAACAACCUGAGCCCUCUCGGGAACGACUACGAGGCCCAGCCGGAGGCGGAUGACGAGGAGUCCUGCGGCGGCAGUGACCCGCAGCUGCAGCGGAAGACCGCCCUCCACGAAGAGUCGUCAGGAGGAGGAGGCGCAUUCAGAAUGCAAUGGGCGGGCGGGUUGUUUGAUGUGUGGGAGGACAUCUCGCUGGCCUACCUCUCCAUGUUCUGCAGCUGCUGCGUGAUGGGGUGGAACAUGGGCAGGAUCGGGUUCGGCAACAUGUACGUCCACGUCGUGACGUUCCUGCUGCUGUGCCUGGCGCCCUUCUUCGUCUUCAACCUGGCGGCCAUCAACAUCGACAACGAGGACGUCAGGGACGCGCUGGGCCUCGCCGGCAUCUUCCUCUGCGUCCUCGGCCUGCUCUACGGCGGUUUCUGGAGGAUCCAGAUGCGCCGGAGGCUGGGCCUCCCGGCGAGCCGCGCCUGCUGCGGCAAGCCGGACCUCACGGACUGCAUGCAGUGGCUCUGCUGCUACUCGUGCGCUCUGGCCCAGGAAAUCCGCACGGCCGACGCCUACCAGCAGCAGGUGGCGUCGGUGCAGGACAGGACGGUGCAUCCGACGCGGCAGCAGCACCUCAGGUUUGCUGGUUCUUCGCCGCCUCCGGCAGCAAGAUCAGUAAGCGACGGGGUCACCGUGCCACCUCCAGUGUCAGUUGUUAUACGUACUAGUACGUAGUAGCAAUAUGUAGCAGUAUUGCAGUUAACUCAUCUGAGUGUCUGUUAUCACUACUAUAGCACAACUUGCCUUCUACAGUAGUAAUCUUGAUUUGUAUUGCUUCUCUCUCGAGAUCAGCUGCCAUUUCAAUCUGUAAAUUGAGUGGGCAUGCC